AAAACUGAUUCAGUUAGAGGGGGAGAGGGAGAAGUAUAAUAAGAGAGCGAAAGCGGCAACUGCGCAUAGGGAUACGCACAACCUUGGAAAUAGUGAAAAACUCUCACAGUCACCCGCGCUCCCAUCUCCGCCGUAACCACCGCCGCAACCUCCGCCACAACCUUCCGCCACGUGUACUUUCUCUCUCUCAUCUCCACUCCACUCUGUAAUUACCGAGAACUUCUAUUUCCCUCCGUUUCCUGUUUUCGAGAUCGAUACACGAUCCUCUGAAUCGAAUCGAGAUUUGAAAAAAUGGCGGGGAACGAGUGGAUAAACGGCUAUUUGGAGGCGAUUCUGGACACCGGUGCGUCCGCCAUUGAAGAGCAGAAGCCGGCGGCGGCGAAUCUGGACAGAGGCCAUUUUAAUCCGACGAAGUACUUCGUGGAGGAAGUGGUGAGCGGCGUCGAUGAAUCGGACCUUCAUCGGACAUGGCUCAAGGUCGUCGCGACGAGGAACACGCGCGAGCGGAGCUCCAGGCUCGAGAAUAUGUGCUGGAGGAUUUGGCAUCUCACGCGCAAGAAGAAGCAGUUGGAAUGGGAGGAGCUUCAACGGUUCACAAAUCGAAAAAUGGAGCGGGAACAAGGACGGAUGGAUGUAACGGAAGAUAUGUCGGAGGACUUAUCAGAAGGAGAAAAGGGGGAUGCUGUGAGUGAACUCGUGCAUGGCGAGACCCCGAAAGUAGCGUUCCAGAGGACCAUUUCCAACUUUGAAGGUUGGUCGGAAGAUAAAAAGGAAAGUAAACUUUAUAUUAUUCUCAUCAGCUUGCACGGUUUGGUUCGGGGCGAUAACAUGGAGCUCGGUCGUGAUUCCGACACUGGUGGACAGGUCAAGUAUGUUGUAGAGCUUUCUCGUGCUCUAGCACAAAUGCCGGGGGUAUAUAGGGUGGACCUUUUUACUCGGCAGAUCUUGUCACUAGAAGUUGAUUGGAGCUAUGGCGAGCCAACUGAGAUGUUAACUAUGGGUAUUGACAAUGGAGAUGGCGAUGUCGGAGAAAGCAGCGGAGCAUAUAUCAUCAGGAUUCCGUUUGGUCCACGGGAUAAAUAUCUCCGCAAAGAAUUACUUUGGCCCCAUAUUCAAGAGUUUGUAGAUGGAGCUUUAGCUCAUGUUCUUAAUAUGUCAAAAGCUUUAGGUGAACAAAUUGGUGGUGGUCAGCCUGUGUGGCCAUAUGUCAUCCAUGGACAUUAUGCUGAUGCUGGAGAUAGCGUUGCUCUUCUUUCGGGUGCUUUGAAUGUCCCGAUGGUGCUGACCGGACACUCACUAGGACGAAACAAACUCGAACAGCUUCUUAAGCAGGGACGCCAAUCGAAAGAAGAUAUCAACUCAAACUAUAAGAUAAUGAGGAGGAUAGAAGCAGAAGAGCUUUCUCUUGAUGCUGCAGAACUUGUGAUCACAAGCACCAAACAGGAGAUUGAGGAGCAAUGGGGACUUUACGAUGGAUUCGAUGUCAAACUCGAGAAAGUGUUGCGUGCACGUGCUCGACGUGGGGUCAAUUGUCAUGGUCGAUACAUGCCGAGGAUGGUGGUCAUUCCUCCUGGCAUGGAUUUCAGCAAUGUCGUGGUUCCUGAAGAUGCGCCCGAGGCUGAUGGCGAAUUGACACAACUUACAAGUGACGGGUCCUCUCCAAAAGCAAUUCCAACGAUAUGGUCUGAAGUGAUGCGUUUUCUUACAAAUCCUCACAAACCUAUGAUAUUGGCAUUGUCGAGGCCGGACCCGAAGAAGAAUAUAACCACUCUCUUGAAAGCCUUUGGCGAGUGUCGUCCAUUGAGAGAACUUGCUAAUCUAACACUGAUCAUGGGGAAUAGGGAUGAUAUCGACGAGAUGUCGGCCGGUAACGCUAGCGUUCUCACGACAGUAAUAAAAUUUAUCGACAAAUACGAUCUCUACGGUCAAGUGGCGUAUCCAAAGCAUCAUAAGCAGUCUGAUGUUCCAGACAUAUAUCGCCUUGCAGCAAAAACAAAGGGAGUUUUCAUAAAUCCAGCAUUGGUCGAACCGUUCGGGCUUACCUUGAUUGAGGCUGCUGCACACGGGCUCCCAAUGGUGGCGACUAAAAACGGCGGACCAGUCGACAUUCAUCGAGCCCUGAACAAUGGUCUGCUUGUUGACCCUCAUGAUCAGCAAGCAAUUGCUGAUGCUCUGCUGAAAUUGCUAUCAGAGAAGAACUUGUGGAAUGACUGUAGGAAAAAUGGUUUGAGAAACAUACACCUCUUCUCGUGGCCCGCACAUUGUCGCACGUACUUGACUCGAGUGGCAGCCUGCCGUAUGAGGCACCCGCAAUGGCAAACCGACACCCCAGGGGACGAAAUAUCCACAGAGGAAUCCUUCAAUGAUUCGCUUAAGGACGUGCAAGAUAUGUCGCUUAGACUUUCGAUCGAUGGAGAAAAGUCGUCGCUGAAUGCAUCAAUCGAUAUAGCUGCAUCCAGUGACAACCCUGAUGUGCAGGACCAAGUGAAGCGAGUUUUGAGCAAGAUAAAGAGGUCGGGGACUGAACCAACAGAGACUGAAAAAGGGAACAAAAUGCUGGAGAAUAUCCCUGGAAAGUUUCCGAUUUUGAGACGGCGGCGGAGGUUGAUUGUCGUAGCACUUGACUGCUAUGACACCAAUGGGGCUCCAGAAAAGAAGAUGAUCCAGAUGUUGCAGGAAAUUAUUAAAGCUGGUCGACUCGACACUCAAGUUGCACGGUUUACAGGCUUUGCUCUAUCAACAGCCAUGCCAUUGGCAGAGACUGCAGAGUUCUUAAGGUCUGGAAAAAUACAACUCAACGAGUUUGAUGCUAUAAUCUGCAGCAGUGGAAGUCAGGUUUACUAUCCAGCUUCUUACACAGAAGAAGAUGGCAAACUGUACCCGGAUCCAGAUUAUGCAUCGCAUAUCGACUACCGUUGGGGAUGCGACGGUUUGAAGAAAACGAUUCGGAAGUUGUUGAAUGCUUCUGAUGAGGAUUCUGGAAAGUCUCAUAGUCCAAUUCAGGAGGAUGGAAAAUCAAGUAAUGCACAUUGCAUCUCCUACAUAAUAAAGGAUCCUAGCAGGGCUAUGAAAGUUGACGAUUUGAGGCAGAAGCUUCGAAUGCGUGGGCUCCGGUGCCAUCCCAUGUAUUGUAGAACCUCGACGCGAAUGCAAGUCGUUCCUUUACUCGCAUCUAGAGCACAAGCACUCAGGUAUCUUUUCGUGCGAUGGAGACUGAAUGUUUCGAACAUGUACGUAUUCCUCGGGGAGGUCGGGGACACCGACUACGAAGAGAUGAUAUCGGGGACUCACAAGACGAUAAUCAUGAAAGGGAUGACGAACAAGGGGUCGGAAGAGCUGCUGAGGACGUCGGGAAGCUAUGCAAGGGAUGACAUUGUUCCUGGUGAGAGCCCUCUGGUGAAAUUUGUUAACGGGGAUGCAAAUUCUGAAGAGAUUGCCAGUGCUUUGAAGCAAGUUUCAUUGUCUGCUUCCAAAAUCUGAGCUCUUCCAGUUGCCAUUGAAACUGGUUUCGUCUGUUUUUCUUUUCUUCUCCUUGUUCUGUAUAGUUUUUUAGUUGUUCAAUCUAAGAACUUGCGAUUGUUGGA